AAGCCUUAUUCAGUAUUUUAAACUGCACAGAGAAUCAAAACCUCACCAUACUUUCCUGCCUUUCGUAGAGAAAUCUCAUCUCCAAAUUUGCUUCUCUCUCUCUAACACACACACACAUAGCACACCAGUUUCCAUUUUUUUUUUCAUUCGAAUCCAAAUAGGUUUUGAUCUUUCUCCCGAACCAAAUAGACUCCGUUCCUAUGUCGAUCAGGACUGUGAAAGUAAGCAAUGUGUCACUUGGUGCUACUGAACAAGACAUCCAGGAGUUCUUUUCCUUCUCAGGGGUAAUUGAAUAUGUUGAAAUGAAGAGUGGGAACGAGCGAUCUCAAACUGCACUUGUCACUUUCAAGGAUCCGCAGGGUGCAGAGACUGCAGUUCUUCUUUCGGGAGCUACAAUUGUUGACCAGUCAGUUAAUAUUGCGCUUGAGCCAGAUUAUGUGCUUCCACGUGCCGCAUCAGCACCAUUUUUGGCAUCAGAAAGCAUAAAUGUUGGCGGUGUAUCUGCUGUCCAAAAAGCAGAAGACGUUGUGAGCAGCAUGCUAGCCAAGGGCUUCAUAUUGGGGAAAGAUGCUGUUAACAAAGCAAAAUCCUUCGACGAGAAGCACCAGUUCAUAUCCACUGCCACAGCCAAAGUAGCUUCACUGGACCAAAAGAUUGGAUUGACCGAGAAAAUCAGUAUCGGGGCAACCAUAGUCAAUGAUACAGUGAAGGAAGUCGACCAGAAAUUUCAGGUUUCUGAAAAGACCAAAUCGGCUUUUGCCGCUGCUGAGCAGACUGUUAGUAGUGCAGGAUCUGCCAUCAUGAAAAACAGGUAUAUUCUAACAGGUGCUUCAUGGGUUACUGGUGCAUUCAGUAGGGUGACUAAGGCUGCUGGGGAAGUUGGGCAGAAAACGAUGGAGAAGAUGGCUGAAGAAGAACAUGGAAGAAAUUUAGCUGAUGGUUAUGAUCAUGUCCAAAGCUCCGAAUCCCCAAAAGCUGAGAAGAAACCCUCCUCUCCAAAGGGCUUGAUUCUCUAAAUUUGUUGGGCUGAUAGUUUUUCUGUAUAUAUAUGUUUACGUUUUCGGGGUUGAAUUCUUUUACUAGAAAGUAGCUUGUUAUUUUCCAUGUUUGGUCAUUAGGCUUGAAUAAGGGACAUGAAAUAUUGCUGGAUAUUUACUGCCGUUUAUAGUACUAGUCUUCCGUCUUGGCAUCAGGAUAUAAACUCUUACAGUUAUUGGCAUCUUUGCUAGACAAGUUUCUUAUCUUUGCACUGUA